GAAAAAUAAUAAAAAGUAAUGUGUCCAUAUAUAGUAUUCGUAUUCACGCAUGCGGUUUUCGUAUGUGGGCUAGAAUGACGUCAUAGGCAAAAGAGAGAAAAAGAGAGACAUAUAAAGAGAGAGGAAGUAAGGAUAAUAAGUGGUAGGGGAAAUUGAUGUACACGUGUGCGCAAGUAUAUGUGCUCCCUGGUUCCCGUGGCCGUGGCAUCGUACAGUUCGUAGAGUGGUGGAGUGUGUCAGUUGCUUGGGAAGUCUGCUCUUGUCGUGCAUGUCUAUGAUUACAAGUGGUAAGAUAACGCGAGUGAUUUUACCGAAGUAAGGGUAGUGGAUUUCGAUUAAACGAAAUUAAUACGUACCACAUGCACAACUAAUUAAGAUGCUCAUCAAGGAAUUCCGUGUCACUCUACCUUUGACCGUGGAAGAAUACCAAGUUGCUCAAUUGUAUUCCGUGGCAGAAGCAAGUAAAAAUAAUACCGGCGGAGGAGAAGGUAUAGAGGUUCUAAAAAAUGAACCCUUUAAGGAUUAUCCUCUUCUCGGUGGAAAAUAUUCUGCGGGUCAAUAUACAUAUAAGAUUUAUCAUUUAGCCAGUAAAGUGCCUGCUUUUAUUCGUAUCUUACUUCCAAAGAAUUCUUUGGAAAUUCAUGAAGAAGCUUGGAAUGCAUAUCCAUAUUGCAAAACUAUUAUAACUAAUCCGGGUUAUAUGAAGGAUAACUUUAUAAUUAUGAUAGAAUCUUUUCAUAUUGGAGACUGUGGAAAUCAGCAUAAUGUUCAUGAAUUACCCUCUGAUAAGCUUAAAAUAAGAGAAGUAAUACAUAUAGAUAUUGCAAAUGAUUCUAUUGCAACUGCUGAUUAUAAAGAAGAUGAAGAUCCAACAAAGUUUAAAUCACAGAAAACAGGACGAGGUCCUCUUGUAGGCAAAGAUUGGAUGAACAAUAUUCAACCUGUGAUGACAUGUUAUAAGCUAGUUACUUGUGAAUUUAAGUGGUUUGGGUUGCAAACACGCGUUGAAAGUUUUAUUCAAAAAGCAGAGAGACGUCUGUUCACAAAUUUUCAUAGACAAGUUUUCUGCUGGAUAGACCGUUGGUAUGGAUUGACAAUGGAGGAUAUCAGAGCUAUUGAAGAUAAUACUAAAGAAGAAUUAGACAGGCAAAGACAUCAAGGUGAAGUACGUGGAAUGCAAGCUGAUGAUUGAGGCUUCAAAUGCCUCUGUCAUAAAUGGUUUAAAUCAAUUUCCUUAUACAUGUCAUACAUAGAUACAUGCGCAUACCUAUGGAUGUAUACCCAGACAAACCCUGCCAUAGGCGAUCCUGCAGGAUCGGGACAUUUUCCAGAACUUAUAUGUCUAGAUUUAGUGUCUAUUACAAUUACUUACAAUUUUAAUUUAUUUACAUUUACAACCAUUUUAGAUAAAUGUACCUACAGUCAAAGAUUGUCAUUAGAAUAUAACUGUUAACAUGGAGAACUGAUAUAAAUCGGUCCUAUUUAAGUAAUGCAUAAACUAUGAAAAAAAGAGAAUUUGGUUUGUUUAAAACCAAUAUAGAUAAAAAACAGUAAUGAUUAAUAAUUUAGUAGUUCGAUAAUAAUAUAUAAUGAAAUUUGUCAACAAGCAAUUAAAAUUGCUUGAUACAAAGUACAUACAAGGGUAAAUGUGAUUAGAUGUGAAUUUAAUUUAUAGGCAGAUGUUUAAAAGGGAGAAAAAAGAAAUAAAAAAAGAAAAAGAAGAUAAUGAUUUAGAUCUUAUCACGGUGAAUAUGAUUUAUGUAUUUAUAUAAUUAAAUUGGAUAGAUGAGAUACUUUUGCUCUUGUAUUCUCAAGCUUACUGGCAUAUUGUGAUGAUGUUCUCCAGCAUUCCUCAAGGCCUGCACAAUGUAUUAUAAUCAGGAAAUUAAAGAAAUCUAUUUUGUUAGAAUCACAAUACGAAUUUCACUAAUAAUAUAUUUCUCAGAAUGUAUACCAAUGUUAUAAUAGAUAUGGUAGGUUACAAAAAGUGAGGCUCGUGCAUUAUGCUUUCCAUUGAAAAGCAAAGUUGUCCCACAUUCUUUAUUUAGGACCAAAUUGAUAGAUUUCUGAAACAAAUUUGAAUACAAUAAACUGACAUAAGUAAUUCAUUGUAUGGAAUUGUGGGAUGUAUAUAUUUUAUGCAAAACAAUAAGAAAUUGAAAAUAUUAAUAUGACACACAUCGAGAGGUUAUUACUCUCCGUUUCAAUGUUUAUGACAGAGAGAGAGAGAGAGAGAGAGAGAGAGAGAGGGAGAGAGAGAGAGAGAAAGAGAGAGAGAGAGAGAGAGAGAGAGAGGAAAGGAAGAAAAUUCUCUAU